ACAUACUCCUCAUUUGCAAUAUUAUAUAUAUAUAUAUAUAUAUCAUAAUUACAUUUUGAUUAACAAAGAGAGAUGGCUUUUGAGACUAGAACAUGGUUAGUUUUGCAUGUUCUUGUCUUGUUUGUUACAUGUUUCAUGCAACAUUGUUUUGUCAAUGGCCAAACACCUCCAGUGCCUUGCCUUUUUGUAUUUGGAGACUCCUUGUCCGACAAUGGAAACAGCAACAAUCUUUUAACUAAUGCAAAAGCUAAUUACGUGCCAUACGGUGUUGACUUUCCACGUGGCACAACAGGAAGAUUUACCAAUGGACGAACAGCAAUUGACAUUAUUGGUGAACUUCUUGGAAUCUCGGAUUUCAUCCCACCCUUUGCAAACAUAGUUGGCUCGGACAUACUUAAAGGUGCUAACUAUGCAUCUGGUGCAGCUGGAAUUCGUGCCGAGACCGGCAAACAUAUGGGUGCUAAUAUUGAAAUGGGAUUGCAAGUAGCAAAUCAUAGAGUCAUAGUUUCCCAAAUUGUUGCCAGACUUGGUGGUCUGCCACAAGCCCAACAAUAUUUGAAACAAUGCUUGUAUUAUGUGAAUAUAGGCAGCAACGAUUACAUAAACAAUUAUUACUUACCCCGACACCCAACAUAUACAACAAGUCGCAAUUAUAACCCUGAAGAGUAUGCUCAAGUUCUUAUUAACCAAGCAUCUGGUUAUUUACAGGAUUUGCGUGAAAGUGGGGCAAGAAAAUUCGUGUUAGUUGGAAUUGGCCAAAUAGGUUGCACUCCAUUUUCCAUUGCUAAAGCUAAUCAAGGGACACAAGGAUGUGUUGAAAAAUAUAAUGCUGAUGCAUUAAUAUUUAGUCUCAAGCUUAGAUCUCUAGUGGAUCAACUCAAUGGCAUAAAUCUUGAUUCCAAAUAUAUCUUUGUAAACAGUACUGCUGGCUCCAUAGACAGUUCACUUGGGUUUACAGUUUUAGAUAAGGCUUGUUGUCUACCGAGGUCAUCUGAUGGAAUGUGUGUUCCUAAUUCAAGGCCAUGCUUAAAUAGAAAUGAGUAUGCUUUUUAUGAUGCAAUUCAUCCUACAUCAGCUGUUAACAAUCUCACUGCAUUGACUUCAUACGAUAGUACUUUAGCUCCAGAGACUACCUCUCCAAUGGAUAUCAAACGACUUGCUAUGCUGAGUAUCUCAUAAUAAAUUAGUUCAAGUCACAAUUAUGUCCUUUAAAUAAGCUCAACAUGGUUGCAUGAAAGAAAAAUAUGUUAUACUUACAUGUAUAAGCAAAAAAACAAAAAUGUAUUAGCAAUAAGCAAUCAUAUAUUGAGUAGAAUAAAAUAGGAUUGCUGCUGUAAUCGUUGAUUAUAUUAUACUAUGUUAUAAACUUGAA